UCUGCUCAAACGACCUCCUCCUGCAACCCAACCCAGGGCGACACCUGUGCCGCUGUCGAUGCCUUCCCCACCUCCACAACCGUCUACGACUGGACCGGUCUCUCCGGCUCUGACGUCCCCGGAAACUGGACCUUCAACGGCUCCGGCGAACUUUCCUACGACGGCGACAACGGCAUGGCCCUCACGAUCGCAAAACGCUUCGACGCCCCCGUCCUCGAAUCGAAUCUCUGGAUCUGGUACGGAAAUGUCAAAGCGACUAUCAAGCCCGCCGCCGGAACAGGGAUCGUCUCGUCGUUCAUCCUCCUCAGCGAUGUCCUGGACGAAAUCGACUGGGAGUGGUGCGGAGGCGACGACUACCACUCUCAAUCCAACUUCUUCUGGCAAGCGGAUACAUCGACGGGAUGGACCCGUGGUGGUAUGCACGAUAUCGGAAACUCCAUCUCGGACUACCACACUUUCGAAAUUGACUGGACACCCGAACGUAUCGAAUGGAUUGUUGACGGCGUCGUAUACCGCACUCUCACUUCCGCUUCCUGCACGGUCGGCAAUACUGUCGAGUUCCCGCAGACCCCGUCGCAGAUCAAGAUUGGUAAUUGGGCGGGUGGAGACCCCGAUAAUGCUGAGGGCACGAUUGAGUGGGCAGGUGGUGUGACGGAUUAUGCGGGUGCGCCGUUUACGAUGUAUAUCAAGGACCUAACUGUGGUUGAUUACUCAUCUGCGAACACGUUUUCCUAUUCUGGUACUUCGGGGAUGGCGGAUUCGAUUUUGAUUGAUGGUAAGGAGACGAGUGCGACGGGUGGUGAGGCGGUGUCGUCUGCGCACUCUACGACUACUGCGGCUGCGACUGGUGG